AUGGCAGUUGCACGGAACAGGAAGUGCGGCCAGGACGUGCAAAAUCCUGUUCCCCAACCACUUCGGCAGCGAGAGCUGCCCAUGCCCCACCUCCCGAAAGAUUGGGAAGCUUGUGAGACCGUGCGGCGCCGCAUACUCUGGGAUGGGCGAUUAUUGGCUUGGCCGAAGGCCGAACUAAUAGGGGUCGCCUCUUACAAGGCGGCAUCGCUCAAUGGAGAGGUGCUCACUAUCUUUUUCAAUGCCUGGGUGGCUGAAUGUGAUGCUCCUAAGUCACCGGGGGAGGAUGAGGAGGAUGAAUCGGAGUUUGAACUGGCAGACUUGCCUGAUGGCGAGGGCGAGCUGGAUGAGAACAUGCCAAUCCCCGGUGGCGAGGAAAGUGGUGAUGCGGAGGAAGAGCUAGAGCCCGAGAACAGGAGUGAACACGAUGAGGAGGAACGAGAAGAGCUGAAGCCCGUUCCUUCGUUUGAGAUCUUCGCACCAGUCGAGGUUCAUUCCUCGGACGAUGAA